AUGUCGACCUACGAAAUCGAACAUAACACAAGCGACCCCUCAACGGCCCAGCAGCCACGCCGUCGUCGCCCCGACCUCUCCACCUUCUUCUCAGCCCUCUCCGAGAUCACACCCACCCCAGACCACAGACCCCAUGCAGUUCCCGUGCCAGGAGAUAUCAGUGCAGCCUUCUACUCCCUCGCCGAAGCGCUGGAGAUGAUGCGCCGCGAUGCAGGCGCAGAGCCGAGCACACAGAUGCCUGAAGCCGCCGAUAACACCGACACAGACGCCAGCCACGACCUGUUGACUACGAUGAUCCAGUCACUGCUUUCGCAGGCGGACACACCGCCCAGGGAGGUCGAGGGCGUCAAUGAGGAAUUCUGCGAUAUGCUCGACCGUGUGCCCAAAGCUCAACUCAAGGAUACUGAUAUUUGCCCUAUCUGCAAUAACCCCUUUGUGGAAGAUCCUUACCCGCUCGUCGUGCAGCUGCCCUGUCACCCUACACACCGCUUUGACAUGGAAUGUGUGCGGCCUUGGCUGCGUCUGCGUGGAACCUGUCCCCUUGACCGGGUAGAUUUCGCGAAGCAACAGCGGGAGAAGGUCGAGGCGAGGAAGAAGCUUGUCGAGGAGGAUGAAGAGGAGGAGUGGGAUGGCAUGUAUGGUUAA